AUGGAACCUGCAUGCUGAUGGAUACUAAUUGGGUUCGUUACAAGCUGGUUUUUUUAAAUGCAAGGCAGCAAGAGACUUGUUCCACAGGCCACAAGAAAAAAGAUGGUGCAAAGACUUCACCCUCAUUCAGCUGAAGUCAGUCUGGGGUGGGAGGGAGCAGAGGAUUUGGAGAGACAGAAACAGAACUGCAGAGUCCCUGGGUCUGGGGAAAGGGGACAGACCACAGUUUUUCUUUCUUUUUUUUUUUUAACCAUUAAAUAUUUUAUAUGGCAUAGUAAAAAGAAUAACUUAACUGGUAAGCAUAACAAAAAUAAUACACCCUCUGAAAAUAAGUAAAAUAUAAAAUGCAGACCACAGUUUUUCUGGCAACUUUCACUCCCCUAGAGACAGAUCUGUGUCCACAGCUCCAGGUACCCCACCUGGAAGUGGCAGUUGAUCCUUUACUUCUCAAGGCUCUCAGAGUUCAUAGGGUCAGGACUUAGGGACCAUUAAAGAACCUAGAAAAGUCCUACCUUCCUGUAACUAUCCCUGACGAGCCCUGAGCCAGUGCAGUUACCUGGCACCUAGUAACCAAAAUACACUGAGAUCCAGGGAAACAUGCUAUAUAGAUAUAUCCCAUCGAGUGAGUAAACUUGUCUCAUGUACUUCUUUUUUUUUUCUUUCCAUCCUCAUUCAUAUCUUUACUGUCUCCCCCAGUUUCUCCCCAACUCCCCACUCUGUCCCUUGCUCCAUUCUCAGCCCUCCCUUCUGGGAGUGAUGCCCUUAAGCUCCCCUUCCUCUUUCUCAGAUUCCAGAUCCAUGCCUUUGCCCCUACUCCAGUCUCUCCCACUGGGCUCUUUUGCCCGCUUUCCCUGCCCACUCAUCUCCCCCUGCCCCUGUCCUGCCCUGUCUACCCCCGUCGCCCCUUCUCCUCUGCCCAUCACUAGGAUCCCACAGGUAUGGAUUCUGUGACUGCUUCGUUCUCUUCUCUCUCAUCUUGGUGGGGUCCAUAGCCAGCUCUCCUGUUGCUCAGAGAUGUGGAGGCAGUUGCUAAGAGACAGUGAUACGUCAGUACCUGGCCCUCGAGGAAAAAAAGGGAGCGAAAAAGGGAGAGAGGAGGGGGAGAGAGGGAAGCAAGAGGGAGGGAGGAGAGGACCUGGCGGAAGCCACAUACCCCAGCAGCCUCAGCACCAGCUGAGUUUCAGGAAGAAGCAAUGGGAUUCUGUGAACUUUCUUCUAAGCAUCCUCUCUCCGAUUCCCCUUUUGAGUAGAAGAAGGGAAAAGGCACAGGGACCACAGGACGGGGAACCACAGAGGAUGCUGCCCCGGGAUCCAGGAGCCAUGGAGGAGGAGAGGCCGGGGGAGGGGACGAGCCUGGGAGGCAAUCUGUUCUCCUGAAGCAGCAAGCGGGGAAUUCCAGGAUGAGGGAGGGAGACCCGCGUCUGCUGCCGAUGGAUGGCUGUGUCCUUGGAACAGAGGAAUUCUGCUUCCGCCUGCUGAACACAGAGUCCAGCCGCGGGAGAGAUGUGGGCUCCGGAAACCAGUCACCUGAGCUCUCCUAGCUGACCCUCAUCCUGCAUCCUGCACUUCAGGGACACAUGGCUUUUUCCAGCCGCAUCAGCCAACAGCAGGGCUCUCCUGGGGUCCUCUCCUCCCUGGGGAAAGAAGCCUCCCUGGGGAUUUCAGUAUACACUGAGGCUGAGGAUUGAGGUUUUCAGAGGCCCAUGGAGACCCCCUCCCCCACCGGGCUCCCUUCCCCAAACACCUACAAAGGACCCUCUUGGACCAGAGCCCACUGAGCCACCAGAGAAAUGGCCUCUGAGACCUUGAGUGCAGGAGACUCAGACACAGCCCUGGCCUGCUAAUCAGUCCCAGACUUGGGACAGGGACUAGGGGUUUUCAGAUGUGCCAGGACCUUUAAAAGGCACCUUCCACUUCCCCUCCCACCUCUCAGAUAUAGUUCAGAGAAGAGGAGCCAGCAGUCAUGAGCGAGAGGGGCACAGAAGACCUGCAGGGACCCUUCCCCAAUCUGCUGGCAGCUGGUCCUGCCCCAUCCUCGCCCCCUUCCUUUCUCAAGUUUUGAUCAUCUUCUCUGGUCAUCCCUGGGAGACCUCAGCUGGAUAUACUGUCCCCUAGGCUCCCAAGGGGACUUCCUGUGGAGCUCACCCAGGGAGACCUUGGGUGCUUAGUGUCUCCUGGGAAAGGCUUGAGCAAUGGUACCACGUGUUUCCAAGCCCCACCUUCCAGGGCUCUGGCCCUUGAUGCAGCUGCCUUUCUGAGCCACUGACUCUUGAUUCCGUGGACUCAGCCCCGGCCCCCAUGGGCUCCCUUCAGCACCGCGGUUGCCAGCAGCCUGAGAUGGGGGACACCUGGUUCCAGCUGCCCUGGCCUGGACCCCGUAACCCAGCCGCGCUAUUCAUUUCCCUUCUGCUGGUGGCUGGGGCGAUGCCCUCAGAGGCGGGCACCAGCUGCCCGGUCCUUUGCACAUGCCAUAAUCAGGUGGUGGACUGCAGCAGCCAGCGGCUCUUCUCCGUGCCCCCAGACCUGCCCAGGGACACCCGCAACCUCAGCCUGGCCCACAACCGCAUCUCCGCGGUGCCACCCGGCUACCUCACGUGCUACAUGGAGCUCCGAGUGCUGGAUUUGCGCAACAACUCCUUGGUAGAGCUGCCUCCGGGCCUCUUCCUCCACGCCAAGCGCCUGGCACACCUGGACCUGAGCUACAACAACCUCAGCCACGUGCCGGCCGACAUGUUCCAGGCAGCCCACAGCCUCGUGCACAUUGACCUGAGCCACAACCCAUGGCUGCGUCGGGUUCACCACGCCUUCCAGGGCCUGGCGCAGCUCCGGGAUCUGGACCUCAGCUACGGCGGCCUGGCCUUCCUCAGCCUCGAGGCCCUCGAGGGCCUGCCGGGGCUGGUGACCCUGCAGAUCGGUGGCAACCCCUGGGUGUGUGGCUGCACCAUGGAGCCCCUGCUGAAGUGGCUGCGGAACCGUAUCCAGCGCUGCACAGCGGAUUCUCAGCUGGCUGAGUGCCGGGGCCCCCCCGAAGUCGAGGGCGCCCCACUCUUCUCCCUCACUGAGGAGAGCUUCAAAGCCUGCCACCUGACCCUGACCCUGGACGAUUACCUCUUCAUCGCGUUCGUGGGUUUCGUGGUCUCCAUCGCAUCCGUGGCCACCAACUUCCUCCUGGGCAUCACAGCCAACUGCUGCCACCGCUGGAGCAAGGCCAGUGAAGAGGAAGAGAUUUGACAUGGGUGCCUGGUGACGCUCCACGCUGCCGACCACCACUGCCGCUGGCCACUGGACCCCCUCCCCGGCUGCCCGCUCUGGCUCUGUGGGGCCCUGUCCACCUCUGUCAUGGCUCGAACAAGGUCAGGACUCCACCUUUGUGUGAGCUUCGACUGUGGGCCAGGCACUGUGCUAGGAACUGGGACCACUAGGUGAAUCUGACCUAGACCCCGCCCCUCAAGGCACUUACCUCUGGUAGAGGACAGAGAUUCCAAAACUCUUCCCUUUAAGACCUUUCAUCAGCACACUAAGCACAUAGUCACGGAAGCUCAGAGGAGGGCUCAUCACCCGUGUCUAGAAAAGUCCAAGAGAAUUACAAAGUGGCUUGUAAACUGGGUCAUCCAAAAAAAUGUCUGCUUUGCCAGUAGACAAAGAAAGGCAGAUAGGAGCAAAUGACAGAGUCCAGGGUACGCAUGGUGGGUUGAGAACAGUGAACAAUCCCUGUGACUUCAGUGCACGGAGGAGAAUGGCGCAGGACCAAAACUUUCCCCCUGACACCCAAUCUGUCAGCUCUUGGCGCUGCUCACCACUGCCUCUGAGGCGGGAGCGAGGAGAAAACCUCCAAGCCAGCCCCCUAAGCCUCCUGCUACCCGCAACUGCCAGCUGAGACCACCUUCUGUGGAUGGGCCCCCAUCCCCCAUGGCCACUCGCAGCCUGCUGGUGGGGUCCCACGCAGCAAAGUGAGGAUGCACAUCUUCAGUGCCCUUUCUCUGUCCCUGUCUCCUGCCUCCCACUCAAGCUUGGGCUUCAGAAGAGGGGAGCAGGAGGCCCAGCAAUGGGGCAGCAAGACUCCUGGACCCCCGGGACUCUAAUCUUGUGACUGUUCUUGCCACAGUGCUCAAGCCAAGGGGUCUCGCCAGGGAAGUGCACCGUGGGCUGCAGCCCUGUGGCAUGAUGGUACCCAGGACUGAAAGAGGAGAAGGCCACUACAGUUGUGACCAGGGGAGGAUUGGUUCUGUCCUCUAAGCAACUCACCCAUUUAAGGGUAAGGGUGAGAGAGCUGUUAAUUAAUUACCAAGCACUUGCCAGUGUCGGCCACUGUGAUAAGCUCUCUCCUAGACAAUUCCCUUUAACACACACAACCAUCUUUCUUGGGUGAGUGUUGUUGUCCCCAUUUUACAGAUGAAGAAGUCAAGGCUCUGAGAAGUUAAAUCACAUGCGACUUCAGGAGCAAAAUACAGUCUGUGCUCGUUCUACACCCUCAUCCAAGUUGGGGAACGUCGCAGUUCCCUCUAAAGUUAUCUAGGUUCAGAUUCAAGGAGUGCUGAUGAAGCUCCCAGAAAGGACCCGGCACCCCCCUGGGUACUGUUAUUACCUGUUGAUUCAUAUACUUCAAUCCUCCCAUCAAGACUGCCUAGUGGUUUUUUUACAUUUAUUCCCAUUUUACAGAGUUCAUUAUAGGGAGCUGAUUAUCUCACCCAAGCUUAUCUGGAAAAACUCUAGAAGGAAGGUGAUAGGCCGUUCUAUUCAGGGAAACAGUGUCUAAUCAAUCAGUCAAAAAAUCAAGUGAUUUUAUGUGCAAACACAGCUGUCACCAUCCACGUUGUCAUCUUUGUCUUUGCCAUCAGUUUUAUCAUCUUCCUCAUUAUCUUCCCGGUAUUUGUUCAGUGCUGGACCGUUUGUGAAGUGCUUUGGCAUCAUUCUCCUCGACUGUUCACAACCUUGUGUAGGACACAAACCAAACAUAAUUACUCCAGUUUUUCAGGUGGAAUAAUGGAGACUCAAGAACAGGUGUGACUUGCCUAUGAGGCACGGCUGGGACUCAGAUCUAACUUGAUCUGUUUCCAAGGAGGAACAAAAUGCCCGGGAGAGCUGGGAAGUGAGGCCCUAGGAGUCAGCUGCCAUGAAGGGCUUAGUAGAUCAGCUAAAUAAAGAGCAGGAAUAUGAGAUUUAGAUGUGCUCAUACUGGGGCAAGUCGCAGCCUCUGACGCAGAGAGACACAGAUAAUAACUGAAUAGGAGACACCUGCCCUGCAGUAUGUAAAUAACGCAUUAGAACCGAUGGCCAUGGUGGCAGCAUACAAAAAAUAAGACCUCUGGGAGACAGGAGAGAAAGCUGUGUUAACCCAUCCUCCUUGAACCCUGCUGUGCUGUGUUGCAAGAGAUACAGGAGGGGCAGGAAGGCGGUGGGGUAAGAACCUCUGGGGCUAGGAGAAGACUUCAAGAUACAGUCCAACAUGUUGGCAAGGCUGUCUGGGAUGAGAAUUAAAAACAGGGACUUUCUACCUUGCCCUCAUCUCCAGCAACUUUGCGUCACUCAUCCUCCUGUGAAAGGAAUGAAGGAGAAUAACACACCAUCUUCUAAAUACUCUUCCCCUACUCAUGCUUCCCUGAGCUAGUCAAUCAAAAGAGUGCCCAAAACUUGGCUAGACCUGGGAUACUUGACUCUUGUGUCCCUGCAUCCUACUUACAGCAUCUGGGCCAGCACCUCGCUCCUCUAACAGCAAGAACAGAACUGUGCCCCCGCUCUUUGUCUGCUGUGUCCAGGGAUGGGCAGACUAGGGCUGCUCUCCACAGGUCAAGCUGGCAGUCUAAAGUACUGGGGAGGAACUUUUUGAAAUAAUAGUCCUGGAGUUCCCGUCUUGACGCAGUGGUUAACGAAUCUGACUAGGAACCGUAAGGUUGCAGGUUUGAUCCCUGGCCUCACUCAGUGGGGUUAAGGAUCCAGCGUUGCCAUGAGCUGUGGUGUAGGUCGCAGACGCAGCUCGGAUCCGGUGUUGCUGUGGCUCUGGUGUAGGCCGGCAGCUGUAGCUCGGAUUGGACCCCUAGCCUGGGAACCUCCAUAUGCUGCGGGUGUGGCCCUGGAAAAAGACAAAAAAAAAAAAUAGAAAUAACAGUCCUGACACACGUAGUUAAACCUCCCCAGAGGGACAGCAUAUACAUUUAUCAUAAUCUCUUAGAGAUACCAGUUUGUUGAAAUAUAGUUAACAUAUUUUAAGACAUGUAAUUUUUUGCCUAGAACCAGACCAAACAAGCCAGCCCUUGAGAGCAAAUGUCCUUUCUGAUAAUACUGUUUAGUUCCCAUCAACAGCAAGCUUUUCUGAGUAGGAUACAGGCCUUCAAAGAACAGAUGCUUCUCCAGCUACUAGAAGGUCACAAUGUACAAAGCAUUUAACUUCCCUGUGGCCAAGGAGUUCUCUGCUUCUCCCCUGCCACCACCACCAUCUUUUGCAGCCUCUCAGAAGCAAGCUUCUAGAAGUACUCUUCUAGAGAUAAUCUAACCGUCCUGGAUGGAGCUGUUCCCACAACCCUGCUAACCAGGAACCCACGGUAUUGCUCCUGCAAGGCUUCAUUAAUUUUUCCAAACCGGUUGACAUGUAAGUGGUGGGGUAUCUCUGAGUCCGUGUGUCUGUUCAUGAAGUUCCAUGAAUGCUGCAUGUCAGCUGAUAUGGGGCCCAUCUCUCUGGAGCCUGAGUUCAAGUUCACUGACAUGGUCUUCUUAACUGCCUGUUUAUUGUAUCACUUACGACACUAGGAUGGAGUCAUAUUAGGGCUGGGGUAGGAAUAGCUGCUCAGAAAAUAUAUGAGGCAAAUAUGUGACCGAGGAGCCUAGUGACAACCUGACUUCUUCCCUCAGUUCUGUACCCCUCAGAGAUCUGUCCUCAUCAGAAGAAUACUUUAUGCCAGGCCUGAGGAUGACAAAGUUUAGCAAAGCAACAGGGCUAUGAUGCUCAAGGUCUGGGCCAAGAAAAUUGCUCUUUGGAAAAGCUUCUACAUCUGUACAAUACCACUCUGGACUGGUUGCCUCUGGUCACCCUAUGAUAAACUCUCACCUGUUUAUCUAUUCCUGCAGGGAUUCCCAGGAAACCCUGCAGAUAUAAGUCCCCUGAGUUGCUAUAGAGUUUGCUGGCUCCUUUCAAGGAACUUGGUAUAUGGAAUUUGAACAGACCAAGACAGCUACUUCUCCAACAGGAAGACCUAGAGCCCCCAUUUUCCCGAUAGCUGUCUUCAUUUAUAUCACUCUGACAUCCUUCCCAGCUCUAGAAGAGUAUAAGGAGACACCUUUGUCCAUGCCUCCGAAGAACAUCUUCCCAAAGCUAGAGGAGCUCAUCUGCUCUCCCUACUCCAGAAGGAGGCCAAAGGGAAGUGAGGAAGGCAAGUUGCAAGGUCCUUUGCAAACCACCAUCAUGUUUGCCACAGCACUGGGUGGAGAGCUCCGGAUCCACAGAGCUCUCAAAUGUGGAGUGCUGACGUCUGGGGGCGGGAGGGUUAGGGUGGGAUGGGGAAAGGGAAGAUGCCAACCUUUGUAUGGAGAUGAUUUUAUAACCAUGCACUUUUGUAACUGUGCAGAAUUUUUCAUAAAUGUACAUUAAUAAUAAAGAGUGUAUAGUUUAACAAA